UUUUUUUCCCCCUUCCUUAUUCCCCGUUUAUAUGGCACAGCGACUUCCGCUCUUACCGUUAAAGCGGAGUGGAGAUCAUGGCGGAGCGCGUGCAGCAGCCCCCAGCGAAACGGUUCUGCUGCCGACCCGGUUAUAGCGCAGCGUGUCGACAGGGGCUGCGGGUCGGCGGAGCAGUAUGCGGCACUUCGGCUUCAGCGAGUCAGACAGGAUCGGGCAAGACCCCGGAAUCGCUCUUGGACAUUGCGGCGCGUAAAGUGGCAGAAAAAUGGCCCUUCCAGAGGGUAGAGGAGCGCUUCGAGCGGAUCCCAGAGCCCGUUCAGAGGAGGAUCGUGUACUGGUCUUUCCCGAGGAGCGAACGGGAAAUCUGCAUGUAUUCCUCGUUCAAUACCGGCGGCGAGGAGAGCGCGGCAGCGGCGGCGGCAGCGGCGGCGGCCGGGGAAGGAAGCGAUGAGACGCGGCUGCCUUUCCGUCGCGGUGUCGCGCUGCUCGAGAGCGGCUGCGUAGACAACGUUCUCCAAGUCGGUUUUCAUCUCAGCGGCACGGUGACGGAACCAGCCACGCCGUCCGAACCCGAGAUGGUGUGCAGCGUGGCCAUCAGCUUCGACCGCUGCAAGAUCACGUCAGUGACGUGCAGCUGCGGCAACAAGGACAUUUUUUACUGCGCUCACGUGGUAGCGUUAUCGCUGUACCGCGUGCGGCGGCCCGAGCAGGUCAAACUACACCUGCCCAUCUCCGAGACGCUCUUCCAGAUGAACCGCGAUCAGCUCCAGAAGUUUGUCCAGUACCUCAUCACCGUGCACCACACAGAAGUCCUGCCCACCGCUCAGAAACUCGCCGACGAGAUCCUGUCCCAGAACUCUGAGAUCAACCAAGUACACGGAGCCCCAGACCCCACAGCAGGAGCCAGCGUGGACGACGAGAACUGCUGGCAUCUUGACGAGGAGCAGGUUCGGGAACAGGUCAAGCUCUUCCUGUCCCAGGGCGGCUACCACGGCUCGGGCAAGCAGCUCAACCUCCUCUUCUCCAAGGUGAGGGAGAUGCUGAAAAUGCGCGACUCAAACGGCGCACGCAUGCUGACGCUGAUCACAGAGCAGUUUAUGGCCGACCCGCGGCUGGCGCUGUGGAGGCAGCAGGGCACCACCAUGACCGAUAAAUACCGCCAGCUCUGGGACGAACUCGGUGCAUUGUGGAUGUGCAUCGUAUUGAAUCCUCACUGCAAGUCCGAGCAGAAGGCCUCGUGGCUCCGGCAGCUCAAGAAGUGGAACGGUGUGGACGUUUGCCCCUGGGAGGAUGGUAACCAUGGCAACGAGCUGCCCAAUCUGACCAACGCUCUGCCUCAAGGUGCCCACGCCAACCAAGAUUCAAGUGCUCGGCCUCACCGGACAGUGUUCACGAGGGCCAUCGAGGCCUGCGACCUCCACUGGCAGGACAGCCACCUGCAGCACAUCAUCAGUGAUGACCUCUACACCAACUACUGCUACCACGAAAGCACUGAGAACUCCCUGUUCGACUCGCGCGGCUGGCCCCUGUGGCACGAACACGUGCCCACGGCCUGCGCCCGGGUAGACGCCCUGAGGUCGCACGGUUACCCGCGAGAGGCUCUGCGGCUGGCCAUCGCCAUCGUCAACACCCUGCGCCGGCAGCAACAGAAGCAGCUGGAGUUUUUCAGGAAGCACAAAAACGAAACGCUCUAUAAAGGGAUGACCUCCAUCACGAAUCUGGAGGGAUGGGUGGGACACCCACUGGACCCCAUCGGCACGCUGUUCAGCACGUUGAUGGAGUCGGCUUGUGGCGUUGAGGAGAGUGCGAUGGACUUCUCAGCAGGCACAACGAGCUCCAGUAAGCACGGAGAAGUGCAUCUGUUCCCCACGGCACGCCGUUUCCUGGAGGAGGGCGAGUCCUACCUGGCACUGGCCGUGGAGACGGCGCUCAUGGGCCUCGGGCAGCAAAGGAUCAUGCCCGAAGGCCUGUACGCCCAGGAGAAAGUGUGCCGCAACGAGGAGCACCUCAUCGCCAAGCUGCAGGAGGUGGAGCUGGACGACAUGCUGGUCAAGAUCUUCCGCAAGCAAGCCGUCCUCCUGCUAGAGAGUGGACCCUACAGUGGUUUGGGGGAAAUCAUCUGCAGAGAGAGUGUUCCAAUGCACACAUUUGCCAAGUAUCUGUUCACUUCCCUCCUACCUCACGAUGCCGAAUUGGCAUACAAAAUUGCACUGAGAGCAAUGCGGUUACCAGUGAUGGAAGCGGUUGCUCCUUCCGGAGACAUGUCCCGGCCUCACAACAUAGUGUCCGUCGUGCCUAACCGCUACGCACGAUGGUUCACAAUCAGCCACAUCGAGUCCCAACAGUGUGAGCUGGCCUCUACCAUGCUCACUGCAGCCAAAGGUGACGCUCGAAGGUUGGAAACAGUAUUAGAAUCCAUCCAGAAGAACAUCCACUCGUCCUCGCACAUCUUUAAACUGGCACAGGAUGCCUUUAAGAUAGCUACGCUCAUGGACAGCCUGCCUGACAUCACUCUACUGAAAGUGUCCCUGGAGCUGGGCCUUCAGGUCAUGCGAAUGACUCUUUCAACUUUGAACUGGCGAAGGCGAGAGAUGGUACGAUGGUUAGUCACUUGUGCCACAGAAGUUGGCGUGUAUGCACUGGACAGUAUCAUGCAGAGCUGGUUUGCGCUGUUUACGCCGACUGAGGCGACAAGCAUCGUGGCGACGGCGGUGCUGUCGAGCAGCACGGCGGCACGUCUGCGUCUGGACGCCCGGCAGCAGGAAAAGCUGGCGAGCAGCGCGCGAACGUUGGCACUUCAGUGUGCAGUCAAGGACCCAGCAAGCUGUGCGUUGUCUGCACUGACGCUGUGUGAGAAGGAGCCGGCGGCGUUCGAGACGGCCUACCAGAUCGCUCUGGACGCAGCUCCGGCGGCCAUGACGCACGCACAGCUCUUCACCAUCGCACGUUACAUGGAGCAUCGGGGCUAUCCGGCACGGGCCUACAAACUGGCGACGCUGGCCAUGACGCAUCUGAGCCUGGCCUAUAACCAGGACACGCAUCCGGCCAUUAACGACGUGCUGUGGGCGUGCGCCUUGAGCCACUCUCUGGGGAAAAGCGAACUGGCUGCAAUCAUCCCGCUAGUCGUGAAGAGCGUCAAGUGCGCUACAGUGCUUUCAGACAUUUUGCGGCGCUGCACGCUAGCCACAGUGCCAACUCCGCCUCUGCACGGGCGCCGAAACGCCACACCCAAGUUGAUGUCGCUGGACAAGGCGCCUUUGCGCCAGUUACUGGACGCCACGAUCGGCGCCUAUAUCAACACGACGCACUCACGACUCACGCACAUCAGCCCACGCCACUAUGGCGAGUUUAUCGAGUUCCUGGGGAAGGCGCGCGACACUUUCCUCAUGGCGCACGACGGCCACGUGCAGUUUGCACAGUUCAUCGACAACCUGAAACAGAUCUACAAGGGCAAGAAGAAACUCAUGAUGCUCGUGCGCGAGAGGUUUGGUUGAUACCAGAAGGGUGUCCCUUUCCUAGUUUUGACUCGAGUCUCCCUCUUUCGAAACGAAAGCAACAAGAAGGAAAAAGCGGAACACAAACAAAUAGAAAGGACAUUAAAAGCCACACCGGUAUUAUAUGUAUAGAUUUUCGUUUUUUAAUUUUAAUUUUUUUUUUAAUUUUAAUUUUUUUUUUAGUUUGCAGAUAAAAAGGAAAAAUUGUCACAUUGUGAAAGUUUUGUGUGUUUCCAUUUAUUUGUAUGGAAGUACGUGAGAGAGAGAGAGAGAUAGAGAAAGAGAGGAAAGAAAAGAAACGUUUCGGUUUACACUGAGUAUAUGUUGUUCAGUGGCGAAAGCCCACAUAGCACUCCAGAUAUCUGUCAACAUUCACAGCCUCAAAGAGAAAGAAAUAUGGCUUUAAACCAAACAAAGCACCUCCAUCCUAAGUGAAAAGUACCUCGUAUGGCUCCAGCUUUACCCCCUUCCCUCCCCUCCCCUCCCCUCCCCUUCCUCAUCCACUUGUACAUCAUCAGUGUACUAAAGUGUUCAAUACGAAGAAAAACAACUUAAAGAACCAGUUUGGAACAUUUUACUACUUUUUCAUUUCCCUCUGUUCUUUAUUAUUAUUAUUAUUAUUAAUUAUUAUUAUUAUUAUUAUUAUUAUUUUGUACCAGGCUCAUUGUGUGGCUUUGCAGUGCUGUUCCUCCAUACGCAUGUCACAUAUAUACACACACACACACACACACACACACAUGCUCACAGAACCUCCUGAAAACCCUGCUGUGCUUGCGCUUGUGGAAACUUAGCGACUGUCGACAUACAUUCUCAGGGAUUUCUUCUCAAGCAAAAAAAAAAAAAAAAGAGAGAGAGAGAGAAAAAUGAACAUGGGGGAAAAAAGAAUGAGAGCAUUUUAUUGUACUGUAUAUAUGAUAGUAUAUGUCUGAAUAUUGAAAAAAAAAUGUAUACAUUAAUUAAUUUAUAAAAGAAUAUUCUAUGUAAUGCAAAAUACUUGAAGCUGCAGUACCUUGGUUUAAAACGAAACAUAUCAGAGGGACUAAAAAGCGCGCCUUGCUUCAGGGGCUGGAAUUGGGCAGUGAGCUUGGAUGCUGGUACCUAUGCAGAGCCACUUAUCCAACUGCAUGAUCCACCUGGUAUGUCGAAACCAUGAAUGGAGUUGGGUUUUGUAUGUACAUACAAACGUUUCUGUAUCCGGUCAACACCAGAACUGUACAGGGCACCAGUGUUUAUAGAGCGGCAAAGCCAGAGCAACAAGCCUUAGCAUUAAUAAAGAAGAAUCGCAGGCCCACGUGCCUCAAAAAUCGCCUAGAAAUGUAGAUCCAGCAGAACCGGACUUUUAGUCAUUUAACAUUGCGAGCGAGCAACCACACCACACCACACCACACCACGUGCAGUUAAACUGCCCUGACCACAUUCAUAGUUUUUCCACAAAACGAAGAAGCUCCAUGUUUAUGCACAAUAACAUGUACAUGCCUAUUCUGCUGACAUCUUGACUUUGUGCAGGACAGAAAGUUGCUGUGUAGGUUUGACUGUUCCGACAUUUGUAAUGCUUUUUUUUUAAUUUAUUCUUUUUUUUUUUUUAAUACUACUACUUCUUCUUCUUCUUCUUCUUUUCCUCUAGAAUUCCUCCAACAAGAACAGCCUUCUUUCUUGCCUUGUCUUAACGCUUUAAAGUAACCAAACUGGAGUUCUAACUACCAAACCUGUUUCAUUAAAAUGAAAGCCAACCGACUUUGGUUCCAACUUUUUAGUGUCUUUAAUUUUAGCUUGAAUGGUUCUGUACCUUGUGCUUUAAAAAGCCGUUUUCCUACAUUUUUUGGUGCAAAAACAUUGUCAAGUGUCUCUUGUUCCCUUCCUUAGAGAUAUGUCUGUAGCUUUUUUUUUUUUUUUUUUUAAAUUGUUUAGAAACAGAAAUAUGUUCAUUUUAUUUAUUAUAAAAAGGUAAACGAUUGUACUUCAUCACCCGUGUCAACAUGCUCAUGAAGUUGAAUUUAAGAUUUGAUACACCGAUAUCGAUUUAUUUAUGUAACUAAAUCACUGUUUUAUAAACUUGUUAAUGAUUCAACUUUUUGUUUGUUUUAAUUAAAAUUAGUUUUUUGAGAGGAAGAAAUGGUCUGACGUCAUCUGUUUCCCACGAGGACAUAAUUCAAAGGAUGGUUUUUAUUGUUGGAAGGAUAGACGGCCUGUCUAAUAUAAACUUUUUUUUUUUUCUUUUAAUUGCAACUGUAUUACAGUGCCCUCCAUAAUUAUUGGCACCCCUUAUAAAGAUGAGUAGAAAAUAAUCCACCUUUUGGUGAAGUCGCUUCAUCUUGCACUGAAAAAAAUGAGAAAAAUCCAACCUUGAAUUGAAAAAUUUAUUUGUAGGAAAAAUAAAUCCCUAAUCAGGCGGCACGGUGGUGUAGUGGUUAGCGCUGUUGCCUCACAGCAAGAAGGUCCGGGUUCGAGCCCCGUGGCCAGCGAGGGCCUUUGUGUGGAGUUUGCAUGUUCUCCCCGUGUCCGCGUGGGUUUCCUCCGGGUGCUCCGGUUUCCCCCACAGUCCAAAGACAUGCAGGUUAGGUUAACUGGUGACUCUAAAUUGACCGUAGGUGUGAAUGUGAGUGUGAAUGGUUGUGUGUCUAUGUGUCAGCCCUGUGAUGACCUGGCGACUUGUCCAGGGUGUACCCUGCCUUUCGCCCGUAGUCAGCUGGGAUAGGAUCCAGCUUGCCUGCGACCCUGUAGAACAGGAUAAAGCGGCUACAGAUAAUGAGAUGAGAAAUCCCUAAUCAAGAAGUUUUUGUCUUCAACAAAAACGCAUGCCACUAUUAUUCACACCCCUGCCUUUCAUACUUUUGUACAAUCUCUCUCUGCCAGUAAAACAGCCCCGAGUCUCCUCCUAAAACAUCUUGUAAGGUUGGAGAUACAGACCAUUCCUCUUGAUACAAUCUCUCCAGAUCAUCCAGGGUCCUCGACCCUCUCCUGUGCGCUCUCCUCUUCAGCUCAGCCCACAGGAUUUCACUGGGGUUCAGGUCAGGGGACUGAGAUGGCCAGGCCAGAAGCGUGAUUCUGUACUCAGCAAACCAUUUUCGUGUUGAUUUGGACAUACGCAGCCAGAUUUUGAUUUAAAAUGUCCUGGUGUUUCACGGAGUCCAUGAUGCCGUGUACCCGAACAAGGUUUCCAGGCCUUCAGAGGAAAAACAGCCCCAAAACAAAUAAACAUCACAGAACCGCCACUAUAUUUUACAGUAAGGAUCGGGUUCUUUUCAUUAUAGCCGUCCUUCUUUUUACACCAAACCCACCUUGAGUGUUUAUCGCGAAAAAGCUCCGUUUUUGUUUCAUCAAACCGCAGAACACAGCUCCAGUCAAAGUUAUAGUCUGUUUUUUGCAAACUUCAGGUGUUUUGUUUGUGGUUAACUGACAGAACAGGAUUUUUCUGGCAAACCUUCUGAAUAAUCUCUUGGCAUAGAGGUGGCGUCUGAUGGUGGUUUUGGAGACUUGGAAACCCCAAGAUAUUUGUAAUUCACCAACCAUGAUCCUUGAAUUUUUUUUUGGCCUCUCUUACCCUCCUCACUGUACAUGGGGAUAAAAUACACACUCACCUGGAAGAGAACCCAAGUUUAACAGUUCUACUUGGUGUCCACUUUAUUAUUCUUAUUGCCCUAUCAGUAGAAACGGACAUUUUCAGGUGAGUAGUUAUUUUUAUCACCAUUCCCUGACUUACGAAGGUCCACACACUUCUCCCUCAUUUGGUUUGUGUGCUCUUUUAUCUUUUCCAUGUUGAUGGAUGACUAAGGGAAUUUGGCCUCUGUGUCACCUCAUAUUUGUUCCCCAGUUAAUCAGGAAGUCCUGGAUUACAGCUUGAAAGUUCCUUCACACCCCAAUCAACUCAAACGUGUACCAUUUAAAUGAGAAACCUGCUUCAGUUACCGGUACAUUGUGUUCACUCUAAUUUAAAGGGGUGCCAAUAAUAGUGGCACAUGUGUUUUUGUUGGAAAAUAAUUAUUUCUUGAU